AUGCACGACUGUACGGAAACUCCCGACGUCGAGAGUGGACUGAGCGACCCGCAGAGAGACGAGUGCCCCAAAACAAGAUUCAGAAAAUUUGUGGAUCAGGUCAGGCUGGCUCUGCGGGUUGCAAACGCGAUUGCCCCGAGUACUAAACAGCAGCAGACAGAAGACAGACAGCGAAGAGAUUCAUUCCUUGAUCGAUACACCGCAUUUAACACCGACUCGAUUGCUAGAAAUCAUAGUGAUAGGAGAGAUCUAGAGUCGGAGGAUCAGUCUUGUGCAUGCGUCUCGCUCGUCAUUCUUCCCGACGGAGACUUCUAUUUCUAUUGGAUGAUUGUCGUGUGCUGCGCCGUGUUGUACAAUUACUGGCUCAUUAUGCCACGAAUUGCCUUUCAGGCUCUUCAGACGAAAAAUGCAGCUCUGUUCUUUGUGCUUGACUACCUGUCCGAUGUCAUCUAUGUCCUUGAUAUUGCUGUAAGAUUUCAUCUGGGUUUCUUUGAAGAAGGCAUGGUAGUUUGUCAGCCAAGCAGACUAAAACAAAAUUAUCUUCGAUCCGUUGGUAUCUGGUUUGAUUUUGUCACACUGCUGCCACUCGAUUUGAUGUACAUUGUGAUUGGAGUCGAGCCUUCUCUGAGAUUGCCAAGGCUUGUCAAGGGAUUUCGUGUUUUACCUGUUUCUAGAAUGAUUGAAUCACGCCUCCAUUAUUCCAUCGUUUCUCGAAUUGCUACUCUUGUCCACUUCUUGUCAUUAUGUAUUCACUGGGAUGCCUGCUUCUAUUUCCUAAUUUCCAGAGCAGAAGGAAUCGUAUCAGAUGACUGGGUCUAUCCAAUGACUCUUAAUGAAUCAUCAGUGCUAAUUCACUAUUUGUUUUCCUUCCACUGGGCAACAUUGGCUCUCACCACGAUCGGUGAUCUGCCAGUUCCUCAUACAGCAGGAGAAUUCCUAUUCACCAUUAUCAAUUAUAUGCUGGGAGUGCUGAUAUUUGCAACUCUAGUUGGACAACUUGGUCAGAUUGUAUCAAAUGCCAAUGAGGCACAAGCCGAGUUUGAAAAGCUGAUGGAUAGCACAAAAAACUACCUAAGGAAAUGUGGAGCGCCCAAGUCACUGCAACAGCGUAUUACUCGAUGGUACAAUUACUCAAGAACAAAAGGUCGUCUUGCACACAGGAAUGAAGCAACAGCAUUGAGAUUUCUUCCUGAAAAACUCAAAGCAGAUGUGGCUGUGUAUGCCAAUGUAGCCGCAUUGCAAAAAGUUGAUCUAUUCAAGGAAAUUCCUGUUGGUCUACUUCAUGAGCUGGUGUUAAAGAUGAAGUCUGUGCUGUUUACACCAGGCGAUGUUGUUUGCCGGUGUGGAGACAUCGGCCGAGAGGUUUUUAUUGUAAAAGACGGCAAAUUGGCGGUUACAACAGAACUUGGAAAACUAAUUGUGACAUUAGGAGAGGGUGACUACUUUGGUGAGAUAUCUCUUCUUGCAGUAAACAACAGCAACAGGCGAACUGCAAACGUGUAUUCUGUUGGCUACUCAGAAUUGCUCGUCCUGCAUAAACAUGAUCUGGAAGAGCCAUUUCAUGAGCAUCCAGAAUUCAAGGCUGCUCUUAUUGAACGAGCCACUUAUCGUUUAAAUCAAGCCUGGGAGAAAGAGGGCAAAUCUGCAAAUGAACUUGAAACAGAUUUGCAAUCAAACUCGGGAAAUCAGUUGUUUGUACCAAAUACAUCAUCAGUGUCAAGUUCACAACGACCAACAGGUUUGUGGGUUGAUGACGGGUCAACCACCGGAUCAUUCUUUUGGAGAGGAAAAAGACAAGAAAGCCUCUGUAAUGUCCAUGAACCAAAAUGCAAAGAAAGACUUGGAGCAGAAACAUCUUGUUCAGGGGACUACUGUUCAGUCCAUGACGGUGCAAAUGAAUCUGCUCUAAUGGACGAGCGAAACCUUUCUUGGUAUCCACACAAACGUUCAGAAAGGAGAGGAACAAAAGCAAGUAUGCUUGGACUGCCACAAUUUACAGUUCAAGAAUCAUUUGAUGAAUAUGAAAUGAAUGAAAUUACAGAAAAAAUGAAGGACCUCGAAAGUGAAAGGAGAGAGCAGCAAAGUUGUAUGUCAAAUUUAGAAAUGCAUCAUGUGCAGCAACAUAAUAUUCCCACUCUAUCCAUCUCUCGUCCUAAUUCAUCUCUUUCCAUUUCUGAUUCUUUCUCAUAUUCAAGAAGGGCAUCUAACCGUAGUCACUCUUCCAAGCCACAAGAUACAGAAUCAAGAAGAUACUCCAGCAACCAAGAAUAUGGACAGUCAAAUACAGCAGACCCACAAAUGUGUGAAAUUGCCAAUACACUUAAACACAACUGCAAAGACGAUACACAAACCGAACAUUCUGUCGAGGUCACAAACACUCCGUUGAGAAAGGUAACACCGCCUUCUAUCGAUCCUCAAAUGGAUCAAACUAACAACACAGUAACAAUGCAAGAAUACCAUACAAGCAAACGGAUGGAACAGAAACUGCAGCAAGUACAUAUACUUUAACAUAAAUUCUAGUAAAUUAUUUAACUACAAUACUUACGUUUGUACAAUGAGAUUAAUUAAUUGAACCAGUAAAUUUUAAAUAUAGCAAUAUAUUUC